AUCUUGACCUUUUGACCCAUGACGUAAUUGUUCGGUGUCUGGAGCUGAGAGCUGAGCCGCUGCGCUUCACCGAGGUUUUUAUACCGCCGUAUUUUACCCUACUGGAUCUAGAAUGGCGUAGAAUGUACCAGUUUGUCGGCAGGGUUUGAAAACAGGACAUUUGUCACGAAAAGUGGAGACUGGAUCGCGGUUCACUAUGCGGUAAUCGAGGUGUAAGGAGUCGAUUUAUUUCACCUUGCCCCCCUCCCCCACAUCUUGGCCCCUGAUUAUCUUCGUGACGUUGUUUGCUUUCUAAAUAAGCGCCGUGCCGUCAUCUUGCAUCGGUAUUGCUGUCCUGUCAUCUCCCAAACAUCAGAAGACAUGAUGAUCAUGCCAUGUUGAUAGUUAUUCCUUCACGUACCAUGAAUAAUUUGAGUUGAACGAGAACAGUUCAAAGGGGCCCCGCCCCCAAAACUAGGGCGUGUGUCAAAAGUCUGUCCGGUCCAUAAUGCCGGAAAGAAACAACUAUAAACCUACCCAGUAAGCAUGAUGGCGACCAGUGACUCGGGGGACAUACGAGAGGGCUUCCUGUGCCCGAUCUGCAUGAAAGACUUACAGACAGUGCAGCAGCUUCAGAACCAUUUUGAGGAAGCUCACAACACAGAGGCAGAUAAACAAGUGUUCCAGCAUCUCAAGGGCUUGUUUGGGAGGGCCAAGAGUAAGCUGUUACGGCACGGGAGGGACCAGGAUGGAGUCAGGGUGGACCGCGGGAUGGCGGCCAGCCGGUCGGACAGCAGCAACCAGGUGGCUGUGCUCAGCACAGCGUACUAUGUCGGUGGUGUGGAUCCGACAAUGUGGGAGCCACAAGACUUUGGUACCAGUCGCAGCCAUAUGGAUAGCUUCAAGAAGAUCCGCGAUGCCAGAAUCGACUUCUAUGUCAUCGAGAUGAACAAACUGCUGAUCAGACUGGAGAAGUUGAUAGCAUUUGAUAGGACAAAUCCAGAUCCUGUCAAGAAAAAAGAGUUUGAGAUUGGUCUGGUCCCCUGGGCGCCUGAUGACGCUGUGCCGUACUGCCCCACCUGUGGGGAGAAGUUUAACCUGUCCCGUCGGCGGCACCACUGUCGGCUGUGUGGGGGCAUCAUGUGUAACAGGUGCUCCCAGUUCCUCACACCUGACUUCACAGCAAAGCUGGUGAACAAGGCUGGUAACCUACCGGUACAGACCAUCCGGGGGGAGGAGAAGGGCCACCGGCGUCAGGGCAGCGCAGGAACACGUGCCAUGGAGAGCCUGCGCUCGCUGGUGGGCGAGGUUGUUGGGGAGGAGCCGCGGGAGGACGGCACCAGGACAUGUCAGGACUGCAUGGCCGUGAUGGGGCGCAGGGAGAGACAGAUUCAGGAGAAAACUACCAAACCCAUCAUUGUACAGCUGUAUGAGAAACUACGCAUGCUGAUGGAUAAAGUGGAGGCCAUGUGUCCAGAGUACAUCAAAAUGGCUGAAUCUCUCAAUGCUGGUGAGACCAGCUACAACCUAGAACAUGCCAACAACGUUCGCAGUCAGCUGAUGAGAUGUUACGAGGCCAUUGACACCAUUGGGAAGAAGAUAGCCACUAUGGGGGCGAGUGGUGCAGAACAACAGCUGAGUCCCCAGGCCAUCCGUCUCCAGCAGGGCAUCCGGAAACACUGCACCCUGUUCAUCCAGGAUAACGUCUUCGGCCUGCCCUCCCUCCCCAGCGAGGACCAGCUCCGCAAGCUUCAGGAGCAGCGGCGGUUAGAGAUCGAGCAGCGGCUGGCGUUAGAGCGUCAGGCUGCACUAGAAGCCGAGGAGAGACGGAGAAGCGAAGAGCAGAGAAAACGGUCUUCCCCGGAGAAGGACAGAAAAGGAGCGGCGGCGGCAACUGUAGAUACAACAAACAGAGAUCGGACAGAAAGUAUAGGAAAGGGUUGGACCCCCGCAGUAGAUUCCAGUAGUGUAGCCACGACAGAGACAGACCCGAUGCUGCAGCAGAUGGACAUCAUCAGGAGUUUUGUAGACCAGGCCAGGGCAGCGGGGCGGCUGGACGAGGUGGAAAUGUUAGAGGCUAACCUGAGAGAGCUUCAGCAGGAGUACUGGAGACAACACAGGAGACAGGCCUAUCAGGAGUAGGAUAGGACACAAUCAGUGAUGCAAACAUGCUUUCUUAUCACCCACCUGAGUUGUGUUAGGGAGAGGGACUAAGACUGGACACAGUUGUUUGCUACAGCAAUGUAGCAUCAAUUGUAUCGCAAACUCUGCACAAUUCCUUCUGCUGAGACCAUGAUUUAAUUAACCUACUUAUUGUCAUGUUAACCUACUUCUGAGAUCCUUGUAACCCUACGAAUACGUACAGAAAGCCAUAUGGUACAUAGAAGUAGCUAGGACUUCAGGGAAUGCUUUAUUGAGUUGCAUGGCACAACCUUUUUUUACACUAUGCAUUCAAUGCAUUUGCUGUUUUUCAGUUUUAAUAUGUCUUUCAGCAAUUUUUGUUUUAAGUGUAAAUGUAUUAAUA